AUGCCAUUGAAAUUACCUUCAGUGAUUGACUCCGACUUGAACUCACUUUACGCCACUGAUGAAAAGCCAUACUUGUUUCAGAAUGACAGCAACUUGCCCGAUGAUGUGUUGAUCAACCACAAUUUGCCACUUCCACAGGAAAUGAGCGCAAGAGCCGUUAAACUCCCAGGAACUGCAAAACCCGGUUUUUCCGAAGUCUACAGAAAUGGUGCUCUUCCAAAUGGAAUCAAAGAAUCAAUCACUUUGGAGUUGAACACAUACCCCAAAAUUUUUGCCUCAUCAGUGAAGAGGCAUCCACACCAACCGUGCUUGGCACAUCACGAGUAUGACUAUGAAAAUGAGCAGCAUAUGGAAAGAUACGCCUCGUUGACCUACCAACAAAUUGACCAUCGCAAGACCAACUUCAUCAACGGUUUGAUGUUUUUGUUGGAAUCCAAUCCGUACAAAAACCUUGCUUUGGAAUCACAUCAAAAGAUUGUUAAUCAUUCAAAGGAAUACACUAAAUAUGACAAGGAUAAUAUAUCGUUCAUUGUUACUCUUUAUUCAGGAAACAGAGCCGAAUGGAUAAUCACCGAUUUGGCGUGCUCUGCAAAUUCUGUCACUACAACUGCGCUAUACGAUACACUAGGUCCAGCAUCAUCAAAGUUCAUAUUACAAACAACAGAGUCGCCAGUAGUUGUUUGUUCCAAAAACAAGAUUGAAUCCUUGAUCAAAUUGAAAGCUGAAAAUGCCGAGGAAUUAAAAUCAUUGAUUACUAUUAUUUCAAUGGACCCAUUGAACGUUAAAGGAAACUCCAGUGCGUCGUUAAUUCAAUUAGCUGACAAGCACAACAUCAAGUUGUAUGAUUUUAACCAAGUAGAGAAAAUUGGUGAGGUUUUUCCUCGAGAAGAAACUAGUCCAACACCUGAGACCACAUUCACAAUCACUUUUACCUCGGGCACAACGGGUGCAAACCCAAAAGGGGUCGUUUUGCUGCAACGUUCAGCUACUAGUGCGCUUUUGACUUACGUCAUGCUAUUACCUCAUAACAAAGCAACGAAAGAAUUUUGCUUUUUGCCGUUAACUCACAUUUUUGAAAGACACAUGUCUGCUUCAAUAUUGUUUGUCGGUGGCACAGUUGGAUUUCCACGUUUGGGUGGAACUCCACAAACAUUAUUUGAGGACUUGAAGCUUUUCAAACCCACUUUCCUUGCAUGUGUUCCUAGAAUUUUCACCAAAAUAGAGGCAGCCAUUAAGGCAUCAACUGUUGACUCAACAUCCAGACUCAAUAGGGCGUUGUACUCUCAAGCCAUUGAAACAAAGCAGCAGAAACAGAUGCAAAAUGAGGAUAAGGGAAGCCACUUCUUAUUCGACAAAACACUAAUCAGAAACUUACGUUCUAGAUUUGGGUUUGAUAACAUGGAAUUUUGCAUUACUGGUAGUGCACCAGUUGCUCCCGACACCAUCAAAUUUUUGAAGGCAAGUUUAGGAAUUGGUAUGAGUCAAGGAUAUGGUUUAAGUGAGUCAUUUGCUGGUAUGUUAAUAGCUUUGCCUUUUCACUCACCAAGUGUUGGAACGUGUGGCGCAAUAAGUCCAGUUGUUGAAGCCAGGUUGAGGGAAUUGCCUGAAAUGGGCUAUUACUUAAAUGAUAAGGGUGGACCGAGAGGGGAGUUGCAAUUACGUGGAGCACAAAUGUUUAGUCACUAUUAUAAAAACCCGGAAGAAACUAAGAAAAGUAUUGAUGAGGAUGGAUGGUUUUCAACUGGAGAUGUUGCUCAAAUUACAAAUGAAGGGUGGUUUAUUAUCUUUGACCGGGUCAAGAAUUUUUUCAAAUUAGCACAAGGAGAGUACGUCACACCAGAAAAGGUUGAGAAUUUGUAUCUAUCAUCAAACUCUAUUUUGACGCAAAUGUAUGCACAUGGAGAUUUUACUCAAGCAUUCUUAGUUGGUAUAAUUGGAGUCGAUCCAGUUAAUAUUGUUAAAUUUCUUACCGAAAAAUGCAAUAUACUGAAGAGUGAGUUAGAUACCGAAGAGAAGAUCCUUGAAAUAUGCAAUGGGCGUGAAGUGAGAACUCGUAUUUUGUUACAAUUGAAUACGAACAUAGGAGCAGUUUUAAAUGGAUUUGAGAAAUUGGCCAAUAUAUAUAUCGAAUUCGAACCAUUAAAGUUGGAAAGGGAAGUUGUCACACCCACCUCAAAGAUCAGAAGACCUAUUGCAGCCAGAUACUUCAAGAAACAAAUUGAUGCCAUGUAUAAAGAAGGUUCCAUUUUAAAGAAUUUGAAGUUGUGA